AUGUUCUGCAGGCUACGAGGCCGCGUCCGCUCUUUGGCCUUCGCUCCACACCGCCGAUAUAGCUCUACGACCGUUCCCGCUCGGACGUCGGAGCCAUUGCGGAUAUUAUUCUGUGGUUCUGACGCCUUCAGCAUUACAUCGCUACGCGCCAUAGCAGACGCGAAGCGGCAUGUGCCGAAACUUAUAGAGAGCAUCGAUGUAGUCCAUCGACCAGCGAAGCCUACCGGACGAGGAUUGAAAAAAUUGAGAGAGGUACCUAUCAAGCAGGUAGCUACCGAAGAGCUCGAUUUACCCACUCAUGUGAUCGAUACCUUCACAGGCUGGACGCCGCCUACACCCAUAGAUAUCGUCAUCGCUGUGUCAUUCGGUCUCCUUGUUCCACCACGGAUCCUUAACUAUGCGCAAUACGGCGGCUUGAACGUGCAUCCUUCUCUGCUUCCCGAUCUGCGUGGUCCAGCGCCCAUCGAACAUGCCAUAUUGAAGCGGCGGCAGUACACCGGUGUCUCUGUGCAAACACUGCAUCCAAGGCACUUCGACCAGGGUACUAUCCUUGCCCAAACGCCCAUGCCUGGCCACGAGAUUUGCCUUCCUACUGAAACUCCUGGGAUGGCUCAGGUUGUAGAGCAACAGCUUGCCACGGCCGGGGCAGAAAUGCUCGUAGAUGUCCUGAAGCAACGCAGAUUCGUGCCUCCGCGUGAGGAUGUCGGAUGGUACGCCCAUUCCGACGGUCCUAUCGACCAUGCACCAAAAGUCACCAAGCAAGACCGCUAUGUUGAUUUCGAAAAACACACCGUGGCAGACGUCAUUGCCAAAUGGAACGCCCUUGGCGACUUGUGGUGUCUACUACCCACCGGCGAACGUCUGAUCUUACACAACGUGUUACAUCUACCGCCAGACGAUAACGAUAUUGUUAGGUCUAAACCAGGGCUUUUCGUGAACCCAGAGGUGAAGGCCGUGCUCUGGUUCAAAGGAGCAUGCGGUCAGAUGGGAGUUGUUCUACAGAGCACAUUAGAAGGGAACAAGAAAGGCCAGGGAAACGCGAAGUUGCUGCAAUUGUUUGGCCCCUCAGGAAAUAAAAGCGUGGGAAAUAUACCUGCAACGCGCCCUCUACAUAGGGUUAUCUGA